AGAAGAUGCUGCUCUGUCAGUUCAUAAAUGAGCACAACUUUAAUUAUACGAGUGUAGCUAGAUCACUCUCUAAUCAUUCGCUACUCGUCGACAAACCGGCUGGAUACUUUACAGCAGAAAAUUGUGAAAGCGCUUAUAGAGAUCUAAGUCAGGGAUUAGAUACAGAUCAGUGGGUUAAUACUUUGAUAACCAACAUAUCUGAUAGUCUUCUUAGAAAUAGCAACAAAAAUGCAAGUAAUCCGCACGCUCGGCCGCAACUCAUUUUAGCUAAAAGGUACUUUAAAUUGCAUGUUGAGGAGAUCAAGAAGUCUAUCUUUGAACAGGAGCGAGAAUUUAGAGCGAUAGUACAGGAUAUAAACCAAGCAGAAAAGCGAAAUAAGGAAGUAGUCGAUCCAUCAUCAUCAUCGUCAUUGAACGAACCAUCCACUUCUGCUACUAUCGAUUUUAAACCAGCUACACCACAACCAGCUGGUGAUAUUUCAGUAAAGGAAGCCGAACCAAUUCAGCAGGAUGUAUCAUCAAAUAAGGAGAUAACGCAGAAUGAAGAAGUAGAAGUAGCUAAGGAGUCAUCGCCUAAAGAUACUGAGCCUAUGGAUACUACUGUGGAUGAGCCAGAAAAUAAAGAAGCAGAUGAUAAUGAGAUAGAACAUGAGCCAGAAAACGAGGAAUCAAACAAAGAAUCAGUUGUGAUUGUUAAGGAACCAUCUUCCAAGGAGAUGGAGGAAUUGCAAGGGUCCCCAGUAGAGCCUGAAGAACAACCACAAAAAGAAACAUCGCUUGAGGAAGCGAUACCUACUGAGAUCCCAACAGAGGAGACCAAACAAGAGGAAUCAUCACCAGCGCCGCUCAAAGAAUCACUUUCACCUAACAAGGAAUCUAUAAUUGACACACCAAGGAGCUCUGAAGAUAUGCAGAUAGACCAAAAGCAUGAAGAAGUCAAAGAAACACGCAGAACAUCAAAAAGAAAGAGUACAGCAGGUGAUACUGCUAGCAAAACGCCAGAUGAUUCUAUCAAUUUAGGAAACAAACGUAAAAAGUUAACAUUAGAUGAUGGUCAAAAGAAAACGCAAAAAAUACUCCUGCUUUGCCUUCAAGAGAUUACUGCUCAUAAAGCUGGCACUAUAUUUACACAACCAAUACGCAAAAAUGAAGCACCUGGUUAUUAUGACGUUGUUUAUUCUCCAACAGACUUGUCAACUAUAAAAAAAAAGAUACGUGAUGGUCAAAUAGUAACGAUACAACAAUUUAGAGCUAAUAUUCUAUUAAUGUUUGCAAAUAGCAUUAUGUAUAAUCCACCUUCAAGCGAUAUUCAUCAGAUGGCGCAAGAGAUGAUGAAGGCAAGUGAGAAACUAAUUUCAGAAUUUUUAUCAAAUCAAGACUAAUAAUUGUAAAAUAUGCAUUGUU